GAGAACAGUGACGUUUGAAAACGCGCUUGGAAGCCAAGUCUCUCUGCAAGCACGCAUUGAUUAUAAUUGAUGCCUCCCCACCACCACCGCCGCCGUCGCCACCGCACCUCUCGCUUGUAAAGCUCGCGUAUCGGCCGCGUCACUCCAAAGCUUUUCUUUCAAGAAGAACUUGCCAAUCGCUGUUGUAGUAGCAUUAUCUUUGGAUCUCUCGCCAAAACCCUAUCCUCUCCCCGGAGCUCCUCGAUCCAUCCAUCACCAAACCGAUGUCGUUCGAGGAGGAGGAAUCGUUCGAGCACACUCUCCUGGUGGUCCGCGAAGUCUCCGUCUACAAAAUCCCGCCGCGCACCACCAGCGGCGGAUACAAAUGCGGCGAGUGGCUCCAGUCCGACAAGAUCUGGUCCGGCCGCCUCCGCGUGGUCUCUUGCAACGACCGCUGCGAGAUCCGACUCGAGGAUCCGAACUCCGGCGAUCUCUUCGCCGCCUGCUUCGUCCUCCCCGGCCAGAGAGACUCGUCCGUCGAGUCGGUCCUCGACUCCUCCCGCUACUUCGUCCUCAAGAUUGAGGACGGCUGCGGCAAGCACGCCUUCAUCGGCCUCGGCUUCAAUGAGCGCAACGAAGCCUUCGAUUUCAACGUGGCGCUCUCCCAUCACGAGAAGUACGUCAAGCGGGAGCAUGAGAAGGAGGGCGGUGGCGGCGACCAAGCCAAUUCCGGCGGCCACAUAGAUAUUCACCCUGCUGUCAAUCACAGAUUGAAGGAAGGUGAAACCAUCCGAAUAAAUGUCAAGAACAAGACUUCUACUGGUACUGGCAUGCUUUCAGCUGCUGGGUUGUCAGGAGGGCUUUCUGGAACUGGAAAAUCUACGACAAUGGGUCUUUCUCCUCCACCUAGUGGAGGUGGAAAAAUCAGGUCUCCUCUACCACCCCCACCUAAUGAUCCAGCUAUUACUCGGAUGACUUCUGUCCGUCAAGGUGUUGGCCUAAAGGGGCCCCAAGAAAAUGUGAGACAUUCUACUGAUUCUCUCUCAGAUCUCUCUCAACUAGAGCCUAUGGGGAAAUGCUGCAAUCUCAUAUCAUGUUAGAGCGUGAAGUUGCCCACGUGUUUUGCUAUAGGGAAGGAUGUCUUGAUAGUUCUCUAUUAUCCUUUGAAAGUGUUGUUCUCAUGAUUGCUAUUUAGGCGAUGGUAUCCUUUGAAAGGGCUUACCUCAAUUAUGAUAUGUGCGUAUUAUAAGUUCUUCAAGGCCAGUUCAUUAUUUCUACUUUUUUGGACCCACCAGAAAGAAAUAAUGAAUGAGGCACAGUUGAAUUUACACUAUCUGUGUCAUACCAUUUAGCUUGGGGAUCUUGGUGAGUGAUUUGCAAUCUCAAUGGUCAUGAGCUGCUUUGUACGCGCAUUGCUUGGUGAAUAAAUAUUGAAUAGCAACUAAGACCUUCAUUCAUUAUUUUACAUUGUUGGUCAACUUUUGCUGAUUUCUGAAGGCUCAAUGUAGUGACAAUAGUAAUUUUGAACUAAUCUUUCUGAUAAUAUUUGAAAGCCCAUGUAUAUGUGAAUAAAAUGUCGGCAUUUUUUGGAUUUUGGCAU